AGGACUCUUUGUUGUGCCAUGACUGCUUUACGUGCUGUAUCUGCUAUGGUCCACAAUUAGUGCAUAUGCAUCAAAGAUGCAAUUUCUAACCUCCGAUUCUUUGCUGGAUGCGAUAAAACUCUCUAGAACCUGUCCUGGUCCUCCUGUUGCGUCUUCAUCUUUCUUCGGAGUUGACAGAAACAAGUGUUUGUGGAGCAGAGAAGAGUUGCACUAGAGAAAUACUUGCGCAGGCUAUGAGCAACCCUGUUAUCAGGAACAGUGAUGAGUUGAAAGUGAUUCUUCAGGUGCAAGGGGAAUUUUCCCCUACCAAUGAGCAGUUAUGUGGCUCUAAGAUGUUGGAUAGCGCGAUUGUUUGGUGAUAGCAGAGCCUGCGCUGGUCUAGUGCAUGAGGUGGUUCGACCUGCCAGAGGAGGUAGGGAUUCAAUGAGCUUGAAGCAGACAACUUACUUUUGGAGAAGAAGGAGAAGAUGUAUGAUCUUGAGCAACAACUUAUCAAUGCCUCAGAAAAGGAAAGAAAGGUAGUAAACGUGAAAGAUCAUGGAAAGAAAGGAGAAAACAAGUUUACUUGAUAGGAUAUUUUCUUGGUCUAUCAAAGAUAUUCUCAACAAAGAUCUCUACAAGGAUAAGAUAAAGACAAUACCAGACAGGUUUAGUUCCGCUAAUGAAUACUUUAAGUGUUUUAUUCCUCACCUACUUGAGGAGACGCGAACCCCUUUGUGCUCAAGCGUCAAAUCUUUGUCUAAAGCUCCUCUCUUUCAAAUGAGUUUCUUGGAGGAAAGUAAAUGGGAGUCAAGUGGAAGUUGAAACAGUUAUCUACACACUUUAAGAUUAAUGGAUGGAGAGAAUGAUGCAAAGUACCCACCACAUUGUGGAGAUCUUAUAGCUCUGACAAAGACAACCCCAAGAAGUUCCCGUGACUUGGACCCGUUGCUUCUUGCAUAUGUUUCUGUUGACAACCAUCCUAAAAUUUCUGUUGAAUCAUCAGUGUUGAUUGCAUUAAAGCUAUAAGGUUGGUUUCAGAAGGCUUUUAGGUUCCAGGCUUGUUUAAAAAUGAAGAAGAUAUUAGGAACUUUUGUCUACAAAACGCAUGUAUAAUCUUCUGUACAGCUUCAGGUACUGCAGAAAUGAAUGGAGAAAGGACAGGAAAUGUAGAAUUUCUUGUGGUUGACGAAGCGGCUCAGCUUAAGGAAUGUGAAUCAGUGGCUGCAUUGCAACUUCAGGGACUGCGUCAUGCUGUUCUACUAGGAGAUGAGUUUCAGUUACCUGCACUGGUUCAUAACGAUGAAUGCAAAAAGGCAAAAUUUGGAAGAAGCUUGUUCGAGAGAUUGGUUGUACUUGGUCAUAGUAAACUUUUGCUUAAUGUUCAAUACCGAAUGCAUCCUUCGAUUAGUUGUUUCCCAAAUAAGGAGUUUUAUGGUGGGAGAAUCAAAGAUGCUGCGAAUGUUCAAGAAAGCAAUUAUCAAAAGAGGUUUCUUGAAGGAGAAAUGUUUGGUUCAUUCUCUUUUAUCAAUGUUGGACGUGGAAAGGAAGAGUUUGGUGAUGGACACAGUCUCAAAAACAUGAUUGAAGUUGCUGUGGUUUCUGAAAUUAUAUCCAAUCUUUUCAAAGCUUCAAGUGAAAGAAAGAUAAAGAUGACUGUUGGAGUGAUUACACCUUAUAAAGGACAAGUCAGAGCAAUCCAAGAGAGAAUCAGGUAUAAGUACAGUUCCUUUUCAGAUGAUCUUUUCACUUUGAAUGUUCGGUCUGUAGAUGGGUUUCAAGGUGGUGAAGAAGAUGUUAUCAUCAUCUCCACUGUUAGAAGUAACGGUAAUGGGAAGGUCGGGUUUCUCACUAACCGUCAAAGAGCCAACGUGGCACUAACUCGAGCAAGACACUGUUUAUGGGUGAUUGGAAAUGAGAGGACACUGUCUCAGAGUGGUUCGAUUUGGGCAAAACUCAUAAGGGACUCUAAGAGACGCAAAUGCUUCUAUGAUGCUAAAGAUGAUAAGAGACUGAGAGUUGCCAUGAAUGAUGCUUUGCUUAAGGUUGACAAGUCUGAUGUUUGCACACGUUUAAGUACUCUCUGGACCAAAAAGCAAGGGAGAAGAUGAGUUCUUGGUCCUUCACCUAUGUCAUUUUUCAAUCAAAAUCCUCUGUUUGCAUUCAGUAUAAGAAAUGUGGUUUGUUUAGGAGAUCUUUCAGCUUGCCUUUUUCUGAAAUUUUACGUUUGAAGAUAUCAAUGUGUAAUAUUACUAGAUCUAGUUUUUGGCUUCCAUUAUGUUUGAGAAAGCUUCAAUGCAGUUUUUGCCUUUUUUGUUGAA